GAGUGGAGGGCUGGGAGAAGACAGAGCCUGGAGGCUGGUCUCUGUCAAGGUAUCAACUCAGAAGCCAAAGCCUGGACCGUGAAAUAUGGAACCUCGCCCUGUCCCUCCUCAAAUGCAUGCGGAUAGGAACCGGGAUAGGAUAGGAAUCAGGGGCACACUGGCAGCAAAGAUGUGAGGGUUAAAGUUUGAACUUGACAACCUCUAAGGUCCCAUCAGAAUCCGAGGUUUUAAGAUUCCAAGAAGAGAAGAUUUACCUUCAAUUCUACCCCGCCCCCCCUUGUUUUUGGUCAUUCUGUUGAUUAGGACUGGUUGAUUAAAGGCUUAAGCCAUAAGGACAUUUAUUGUUCAUCAAGUAAGAAUUCUGGAGGUAGAAGAUUCAAGAGUUGAUUCAGAAGCCUCAGGGCACUGGUUGGCAUUUCUGAGAUUCUCUGGGAAGCUUCAGGCAUCUUGACUCACACAAAGUGUCCACAGGCAGGAAGUUGUGGGGGUGAAGAGGACUUCAAGUGAGGCUCUAUUUACUGGGGGAUGGAAAAACAUUUUCUAGAGCACUCCUUCCACAUCAGACUCUCCCCACACCUCACAGACCAGAACUAACUGCAGUGGAGGCUGAGAAAGUGAUAGCUGGCCUUCUCACCCUGCUUAUGGGACACGGCAAGGAACAGGGCAUUGGUUUGCCACCGGGUAGAAAACACCAGUGCCUGCCACCCCCUCCUUCAUUCACUCAACUAAGAUCUACUAAGUACCCACUCUGGGCCCGGUGAUGAUGGUACAGAGGACAAGAGAAUUCCUGUUCUCAAGGAGCUCCUACUGGAAGAACACAGACAGGCAGAGGAUCACAAAACAAGAUGGAGUCUUGGCGUCUGUCUUCUGCUGAGCCACGAUGGGUGACUGGAGCUUCCUGGGAGAGUUCCUGGAGGAAGCACACAAGCAUUCCACGGUGAUUGGUAAGGUCUGGCUCACCGUCCUCUUCAUAUUCCGCAUGCUGGUGCUGGGCACGGCUGCCGAGUCCUCCUGGGGGGACGAGCAGGCUGAUUUCCAGUGCGAUACGAUUCAGCCCGGUUGCGAGAACGUCUGCUAUGACCAAGCCUUCCCUAUCUCCCACAUUCGCUACUGGGUGCUGCAGAUCAUCUUCGUCUCCACACCGUCUCUAGUGUACUUGGGCCACGCCGUGCACACGGUGCGCAUGCAGGAGAAGCGGAAGCUACGGGAGGGCGAGAGGGCCAAAGAGGUUCGGGGCGCUGCCUCUUACGAGUACCCAGUGGCCGAGAAGACGGAGCUGUCCUGCUGGGAAGAAGUGAACGGAAGGAUUCCCCUCCGGGGCAGUCUGCUCAACACUUAUGUCUGCAGCAUCCUGAUCCGCACCACCAUGGAGGUGGCCUUCAUUGUGGGCCAGUACCUCCUCUACGGCAUCUUCCUGGACACGCUGCAUGUCUGCCGCAGGAGUCCCUGCCCCCAUCCUGUCAACUGUUAUGUGUCCCGGCCCACGGAGAAGAAUGUCUUCAUUGUCUUUAUGCUGGCUGUGGCCGGACUGUCCCUUUUCCUCAGCCUUGUUGAACUCUACCACCUGGGCUGGAAAAAGAUCAGACAGCGAUUUGUCAAGUCACAGCAGGGCAUGGCUGAGUGCCAGCUUCCUGGUCCCUCUGCCCGCAUAGUCCAGAGCUGCACACCACCCCCUGACUUCAAUCAGUGCCUGGAGAAUGGCCCCGGGGGGAAAUUCUUCAAUCCAUUCAGUAACAAGAUGGCCUCUCAGCAGAACACAGAUAACCUGGCCACUGAGCAAGUGCGAGGCCAGGAGCAGAUUCCUGGAGACGGUUUCAUUCAUAUCCGUUAUGCCCAGAAGCCUGAGGUACCCAAUGAAGGCUCCCCAGGUCACCGCCUCCCCCAUGGCUAUCAGAGUGACAAGCGCCGUCUCAGCAAGGCCAGCAGCAAGGCCAGGUCAGAUGACCUAUCAGUGUGACCCACCAGUGUGGUGGAACCAGGACCAGGUGGGAACAAAGGAGGCUCAGAGAGAGAAGGUGUGUCCCUUCUGACCCCAUCUCUCUCGUUCUCAUCACUGAUCUACUCAGUUUGGGCCCUGGAUCUCAAUGGCAUUGCUCAUUUUUUCCAGAAGCUAUGACCAGGUCUUUGUGGGUGGAGUAAGAGACAUGGCUACCUACCCAGGCUCCGCCACCCUCCACUCAGAAUCCUCAGUGAAGCCUUUCAUAUUAUUCAGUGAAUGGGAUAGAGGAAGGGACGGGGGCCAUGGCAAAUCUGACCUGGGAGGGACAGCCAGAGGGAUAGGAUGACUGUCUGCAUACCAGCCACAUACCAGAUGGAUUCUCUAAGCCCCUCUGGCGUCCUUGACCCGAUCACCCUUCCUCCUGCAAGGAAGAGCCCAAAGUUCCCGGCCAGCAACAAGCAUGAAUCAAGGAACUUGCAUUAGAUGUGCUCUUGAAUCUGUUGUCUCCUUGGACCGUACCUUGGGGUGGUGGUCAGGUCACCAUGGGAUGCCCUUGGUUGCCCCUCCCUCUACCCAGUCUUACUUAAAAAGAGGUCGUUAGAACUCGACCAGCAGCCUCAACUUUACAAGUGCCUUGGUAUGCACCUCUGGCAAAUGUCUCACCUUGGUGAUGUUGCAGCCUUUCCUUCUGCCAGGGUGUACAGCCAGCCCGGGGAGGGGGGUGAAAAGCUCUCCUCGGGAGUCACUGUGCACACUGACUCCACUGGCUUUCCUGCCACCACAUAUCAACCUGCAGCUCUUUUACAGUUCAACCUGAUGGUAGAAACCAUCACUUUCAGUCCUCCCUUGGCGGUCCAUCCAGUGCUCCCCUAAAAACCUUAUUGACCAGAAUGCCCAAGAAGCCAUCAUCCUCUCUCACAUUCUGACCAGAUCACCAGCCAUGGAGGCCAGUGGAAUUUCCCCAGGUCUUAUUAAAACAAAGAGGGGAUUGUGCUUCUCAGAUUCCCCUUGGGGAAAAAAAAAUAAUUCUGCUGUGAAGAUAAAAAUGAAAAAGGAGAGAAAAUACUGGAAAACGAUUUUCCCCUCCUGUUUGCUUCCCUUGCUGACUGCCAACUUAGAGUGCCAAGAGGAGGUGUGAUGACAACUAUGGAGGCCCCCAUAUCUCUCUUUCCCUGGAGGAUUUAGCAGGGGCAUGAAAGCAGAAAGGGAAUCUCCAGCUCUCUUGGCAGGGCCCUUGUUUAAGAGCACAGAGAUGCCUGUAUCUCCCCAGUGCUCCUAAAGAGACUGCCAAAAAAGCAGUGGGGACUACAGAAAAGCCCUGCCUUCCCAGGGACUGGCCAGGUUUCUCUCUUCAGUCCAUCUGUAAUAGGUGGUUGCCAUUUUGGAUGAAGGUAAAGGAUGCUCAGAAGUGGAUGCUGAAACUUAUAGGGAGACAGUUACUUUUUAAGAUGCAUGUGUGUGUUUGUGUGUGUAUGUAUAUGCUGAUAAGGUGGGUGAAGGGGAGGGAAGUCCUGAAGUAAGGAAAGCAUGCCUUAGAGACACUUGUGUCUUCCUGCCCUUUCCUCCAGAUGCCUGGCAGAGGGGCUGAGCCUCACUGUUUUCAGUGUCAUUAACCUAAAUAGAUAGGCCUGAGAGGUUGGGACAGAGGAGGCUGAAGCCUCAGAAGGAGGCUCAGCCUCUGCCCCACCUGCCCACCUCUGGGCCCCUCUGCUGAUACUUGGUUGUUAUUGGUGGGUGGAGAGAAGGAUGAGGGUAGAGGGGUGGAGGAAGCUGACUGGGAUGCCAUUUAGGGAAGAAUGACUGGUCAUCCCAGAUCCCUGGAGGGGACACCUUUUAAUCUAUUCUCUGGCACUGGCAUUAAGACUCUCCAAAACAAAGCAAAAAAGACUGUCUUUCCUUCCAUCUCUGAAGUGUGUUUGUUUUGUGAAAUCAGUGUUCCUGGAUUAGAAAUUCUGUGAGAUCAGUCCUGAUGAUGGGGCUUUCAGGAAGGAAAAAGGAAAUAAUAUGUGUAGUUUGUCCUAAUAAAGUCUGGCUCUACAUUUAUCUCUCCUUUGUGUCCCUCUCAUGCUGUGACUACAAGAGAAGGAUGGCAGACUUGGUGGGGGAGGGGAGCACUUGGAGCCAGUCAUCAGUCAAUCAGUAUUGCAAAGAGAUUUGGAAUCACACAUGCCAGCGUGAAAAUCCCAGCUGCUGAUUUACAGCUGGACUCCAGCAAGCUACUUAAUCUCUGAAGCUUGGUUUUCUCAUCUGUAAACUGAACCUAGUAAUAGCUACCUCAUAGGUUGUUAAAUGAGAUACUAUUUAUAAAGAGUACAGCAGAGUGCCUGGGAAAUAAUAGUCUGUCAUUAAAUGGUUAUUAUUAUUAUUA